CGGCGGAGGACGUUAAACGAACGAGAUGCGGCCCGGCGACGAGAGACCAGACGGGCGGAUGGAGAGAGGAUGAAGCGGCCGACGGAGCAACGGGAUCACACAUUAAAUCCCAGUUUAACGCUCGGCUCGAAUUGCGUGAACAAAUCCGGCGAAUAAUAAGACAAUAAGUGCAUUAAACGCGCCGCCGCGUGAGUGCGGUUCACGCCUCGGUCGAUCGGAGCGGCGGAGCUUAUCCCCCCCCCCGGGGAGGAUGCGGCCGCUGAACCCCGCACUGAGCGCCGGGCGGUCUCGGUCUUUUCCACCAAACCAGCGGAGAUGAAGCGCUCCCGUGACGGAAGACGGCCGCCAUCGCACAGACGCGAAAAACGCCUCCGACGCCAAACUCGGUACAGGGGAAUUUAAUUCAAUGGCACAGCGGACCGCGAGGAAGAGCCAGCGGCUGGGAGCGGGAUUAUCGAGCAGCCGGGGGUACGGUGGGUUUUUCGGCUGAGGGGGAGAAAAAAAAAUCACAUUUUACACGCACCGGUUUGUGGGAUUUCUCGGUUUUAACGUUCCUCAUUUCACACAGUGGAGCCCGCUAACGUGACGGCUCACGUCGCGCUGUUCGGGCGGCUUUUCCCUCCCCGUUCUCCGCCGUCUUUCGACGUGUUUUUGUAUUUGUAUGUAAAGCGGUUCCUUUUUAUUUGGCCGUAAAUCACAGAACCGUCUGUUCUGUUCUGAGUUCUGCGCCGCGCCGUUAAUCCCCCGUUUGUGAAGGAGUUUGAUUUAAGCUAACGGCUGCAGCUAGCGGCUAGCUUCUCCUCCUCCUCCUCCUCCUCCUCCUCCUCCUCCUUCAUCAUGCUCGCACAGACACGUCUGUCCGGGUGAAACCGCCAAGCCGAAAGAAUGCACCCAAGGGCAUAACGACGACAACAACAACAACGAAGACAACAACGAAGACACCGCCCGAUGUCCGCACUGAGAACGACACCGUGGCUCCGCCGGCCGUGAAGCCACAACUACCGGAGCGGCCGUAGCGGGACCCCCGGGGGGGGAGAGAGAGAGAGUGUGAGAGAGAGGGGGGACCAGGAGCCCGAAGCUAGCCUCUCCAGCCCCGCCCGCCCGCCGAGAGGAUCGGGUUCUACUCCACCGAAGGCACCGGAACCUCCCGCUGAAAUGGGGGAGCAGCCCAUCUUCAGCACCCGGGCCCACGUCUUCCAGAUCGACCCGAACACCAAGAAGAACUGGGUCCCCACCAGCAAACACGCCGUCACCGUGUCCUACUUCUACGACAACACCAGGAACGUGUAUCGAAUCAUCAGCCUCGACGGAACCAAGGCCAUCAUCAACAGCACCAUCACCCCCAACAUGACCUUCACCAAGACGUCUCAGAAGUUCGGCCAGUGGGCCGACAGCCGGGCCAACACCGUCUACGGCCUCGGCUUCUCGUCCGAGAGCAACCUGGCCAAGUUUGCAGAAAAGUUUGCAGAGUUCAAGGAGGCCGCACGGCUAGCGAAGGAGAAGUCUCAGGAGAAGAUGGAGCUCACCAGCUCUCCGUCUCAGGGGGGCGCUGUAAAAAGGAAUGUGUUGUCAGUCAACAAACCUGGUAAAAAGGAGUCGGCCCCAGGUGACCUGCUGUCACCUUUGACCCCGGAGAGCAUCAACGGCACAGACGACGAGCGGGUCCGACCGGUCACACCUCAGCACGCGGAACCCAGAGCGGAGCCUUCCCAGAAUGCACUGCUCUUCUCCCAGAGUUCCUCCAACAUCAACAAGCACUGGGAGGCGGAGCUCGAGGCCCUGAAGGGGAACAACGCCAAGCUGACGGCGGCGCUGCUCGAGUCCACGGCCAACGUCAAGCAGUGGAAGCAGCAGCUGGCGGCCUAUCAGGAGGAGGCGGAGCGGCUUCACAAACGGGUGACGGAGCUGGAGUGCGUCAGCGGCCAAACCACAGUGAUCAAGUCCCAGAAGACGGAACUCAACCAAACCAUCGAGGAGCUGGAGUCGGCCCUGAGGGCCAAGGAGGAGGAGCUGGAGAGACUCAAGGCCGAGGUGGAGAGCACAAACGACUUUCGCUCUCAAAAAGACUUCCUGACUCAGAAACUACAGCACACGGAGUCGAUGAACCAGGCGCUGGAGGCCCGGCUGAGCGACCUGGAGCGCCGGCUGCAGAGCAACCAGCAGGAGCGGGAGGCGUUCCGCCGGAGCCUCCGUCAGCUGCUGGAGCUGCUGGACGGGAAGCUGUUCGAGCUGACGGAGCUGCGCGACGCGCUGGGCAGGAUCGUCGAGAGCAGCUAGAGCGACGAGGGGGUUUGGGUUUUUUUUUUACACAUUUAUACGUGUAAAAGUUUACACACGACUCAAAAAACGUAAAACGCUACGACACGUUUACAAAGAGAACCGAGUAAAGGCGGCGUUGCUUGGUCCAUGCCUUCCCUCCACGCCACUCUGGAAGAUUCUUACCAACGCAGCAUUUUCUUCUUUCUUUAAUGUCGUGGCGUUUGCGGGGACAUUUUUGUAUUUCUUUGCCCCUCCAUCAUGGUGCGGACUUCUAGAGGCGCUCGGUUCGUCUUCUUCCGGUCGUCAUCAGCCAAAACGAACAGUCAGACUCGAAUUCAUUUCUACGUCCUCGUGCUCGAGAGCUCAGAAAGAGACAAAAGUUCCUCCCGUGAAUGAAAUCGACCGAGUGGCCGCCAAAACAACCGGACUAAGAAAGUACCGGUGAGGACUUUUGUCUUAUAUUCUUAUACAAUAUAUGAGCAAUACUAAAAAAAAGGGAGCAUCAGAGGGUAAAUAAACACUUUCCACUCUCACUUUCAGGUACGUUUACUCCUCUCGGAUGUGUUCAGACCACAAGCGAGAUUUUAUUCACUUUCUUUGACACUUUUUUUUUUUUAAAGAAUAUAAACCAAUUCAUAGUGCUCUUGAAAAAAUGGAGUUUGUGUGAGUGAGUGAAUCUUUCUCCUCGUUUCUGUUGCGACUUGAAGUGCAAUGAUUGACCCCUUUUUUUGUCGUUAAUUUAUUACUGUUACUGAAGAUGAAAGUUGUACACGAGCAAAGAUCUUUAUUUGCAUCUUGUUUUCACUUCAUCUUUUUUUAAAUGUCUGGUACGUGGGUUGUUGAGGUACUUUUGUUUCGGAUAAACUGGCAAUAUUUUUGAACUAUUUAUGAGAAUAUAAUGAAGGGAAUCGCUGGUUGGAUUUGCAGAGAAUCUUUUUUUCUUUUGCCAAAUAAGGUUUUCAUGUGUAGACGAGUCGCUGCUGAUGUCUUUGGUGCAGCGACGCACCAAUGAUGGCUGACGAGCGGAACUUUAUUUUUUGUGGGAUUUACUGUUGCCAAAAAGUCAAUGACGUUCAUAGGAAUAGUACACACACACACCUGGAGAACACUAUUUAAGGGCUUGGUGUUGGUUUGGCUACAUUUGGGAGACUUUAUCAUGUCAAAAAUGAUGUGUGUGUUUGUAUACAUACGCAGCUUGAAAGGAAAAAACAUUGAAUAAAGACUUAAAUGUUGAUUAUACCACAUGCUUAAAAACACAUUGUAAUUUUAAGUUUAUAGUAAAAAAACAAAUGCAA